UAAUUUUCUUCAUUGUUUUAUAACAUUUAAACACUGUAGGUUUCUCUUGCACCAGCAGAUUUGUCAUUUAUACGUGUUGAAAAAGAUGUGAAAAAAAAGAAAAUCUGUUGAUAAGAUAAACUAAUUGAAUUGUCGCACCAUAGAUGUGAAGUUAAUUAAUUAUGGUUUUUAUAAAUAAGACUUACACAAAAGUUUAAAAGUAAAUAUUUCUUAAAAAUGCAACCUUGCACGACAAAUUACAAUUGGUGUUUGUAUUUUAUAAAAUUUAUUGUUUGUUUUUCUGGGAUAAUCAUUCUUUACGGUGGAUUUCCUAACGAAAAAGAAAUCCCCUGUACAUGUGAUUCACGAUGGAAAAAUCAGACACAAGAUAAUGGCGAAAUGAGAAUGUCUUUGAAUAUUGCGUGGAUGGACAUUGUCCUAAUUACACUUGUUAUCUCGAUGUCUAGUUUAACAAAAUGUUCAGAUUUGUUAGCAACAAAUAAUUCAAUGAGGUGUGACGAUGCAAGAUUGCGAUGUGCCUACAGAACAGGGUGUGGAAUGGCUUUACAACAGUACCUUACACGUUGUACAUCAGUUCUCCAUGGAGAAAUGAACAAAUGUCCAGAGACCUGUCAACAUGCUCUUAUUGCUCUUACAAGUACGGAUGAAGGAAAAGAACUAAUGAGAUGUGAUUGCACUCAAGAAGAUCAUCUAUGCUUGCAAUCAAAACAAAAGGUAGAAGUCUGUCGAUCGUCAGUUAUAGCGGCCAUGAAUAAAACAAGAGUAUCCUGCAGAAUAGCAACAUGGAUAUGUAAUGCCGAUGCUAUAUGUUCCACAGCAUUAGUAUAUUAUAACGGAUACUGUAAAAGCAUGUUUCAUGGUAAAAAGUGCACUCAUCGUUGCCGAAAUUCUAUAAAUAUUUUGAGACGCCAAGAGAAGGCUGAUAAGUUAAAUACGUGUUUUUGUGAUGGUGCUGAAGAUUAUGACUGUAAAUCAAUUCAUCGUAACAUGAAUUUAUUAUGUUAUAAAAAAUCCCAUCAUAUUUACCAGGAUGAAAAAAAAAUAAGCGAUGACACUAGUACUAACAAUAUUCUCAAUAAAAGCUCAAAUGCUGUUGGUGUUAAAAACAUUUAUGUGAUUAACAGGAUAACAUUAUUCGCAUCUAUGGUUCUACUUUUUAUGUCUCAACCAUUGCCUGUGACACAAACAACUUCUGAUCAUAAUUCUGCUCUUGGAAAUUUGCAGUCUGUUGGUUCUAAUAAUCAAAAUCCUCUAGCUAUAACAGCAUUACAAAACAGUUCCUCAGCAUCUGUAAUGCAAAACCAAAUCCCAUCUCAGUAUUCUACACAAUCAGUAAAAAUUCCACAAAUGCAAUCUUCUGUUUCUGGAACAUCCAAUGAAUUUCCACAGUUUCUGACAAAAACGCGGUUACAAGAUUUAGUAAGAGAAGUAGAUCCAUCUGAGCAACUGGAUGAAGAUGUUGAAGAAAUGCUCCUGCAAUUAGCAGAUGAUUUUGUGGAAACAACAGUUAAUGCAGCAUGUUUACUAGCUAAACAUCGACAUGCUAAUACUGUUGAAGUAAAAGACGUUCAACUGCAUUUAGAAAGAAACUGGAAUAUGUGGAUUCCUGGAUUUGGGACAGAUGAAGUGCGACCUUACAAAAGAGCUACUGUAACUGAAGCACACAAACAGCGAUUAGCACUUAUUCGUAAAUCAAUAAAAAAAUAUUAAUUCUAAUUUAUAUGAUUUUUGAUGAAUAUCAUAAUAAAAAUUACUGUACAUUUUCAAGUUUAAAUUUGUUAUAAAUUAAAUAUUAAUAAUAUUAUUUUUUCAUAAUU